AUGUGCCCGUGCCCCCUGCACCGCGGCCGCGGCCCCCCAGCCGUGUGCGCCUGCAGUGCAGGCCGCCUGGGUCUGCGCUCGUCCGCGGCGCAGCUCACCGCCGCCCGGCUCAAGGCGCUCGGCGACGAGCUGCACCAGCGCACCAUGUGGCGGCGCCGCGCGCGGAGCCGGAGGGCGCCGGCGCCCGGCGCGCUCCCCACCUACUGGCCCUGGCUGUGCGCGGCCGCGCAGGUGGCGGCGCUGGCGGCCUGGCUGCUCGGCAGGCGGAACUUGUAGGAACGCGGGGCUUCUUGGUGGGGCCGGAGCCGAGACCCAGCCGGAGCGAGCAACAGGUUGGUGAAAACCCUGUGUCCUUGGAGAAAGCUGGUUCCCAUUUUCCUGAGGGGGAGCCCAGAGCUUGAAAGGCCGCGUUGGCACUUCGAGAAGGAAGUGGAGAAUAAAGACAGUGCCUGGGGCACUAGAAGCAUCGCGGAAUGGGACUGGGGACGCCCUUUGGAUAUCCAGCUGCAGAAACAGACGCCCCAAUGCUAUUGACACACAGCUCUCUCUAUAUAUAAAAAAAUAUGAAUAUUACUAUUCAGUGCAUGCCUGUCGAGGACGUGGUCCCCUCCCUUCUCUGCAUCUUCCCAUGUGAACUCUGAUAGUCUUUCAUGUCUGGGGCACCGGAAGAGAGAUGCCUACUGUGUACCGAGAAAAUUUGCAAAGACUGGUGGGAAUUAGCCUGAGUCAACCAACCACCUGGGGAGGGAUGCUUGGUGGAGUGAGAGGUGACAUUGCAAAAGGCAAAAUAAGAAAAGUGGGGAGGAUUCAAGGCCAGUUGGUAGGGGCCGUCUGGGAUACCUCCAUUUCCAAGUCUUGACAAGUCCCAGCCUCUCUAUACCUACCUAGAUAGCUAGUCCCACUGUCACAUCAAGACAAAUGGGAUUUUUUUUUUUUCCUGCCAAUCUGGUGUCUCCGGUGCUUCUCUUCAAUUUUGCUGGUGCUAAGUGUGUUCUUGCUGGGUGCUGCCGUGAUAUUCUGUUGCCAGACAGGGGACAAGAGAGAUUUAUAUUUUGCUGUUUCGGAUUCAUUUUUUAAAGGGACGAGGGAAAAGUGCCACUUGAGAGUCUCGUCUCUUUCUCUGUGUGGGAACGAAUAUCCAGAGGCGUUUUGGAGCAAACCUUCGGGGUCUGGGAAGGAGAAUGGAAGGGGUUGGCACUGAGUGGCAUGUUGGUUACGAAGUGGAAAGCUGACCUCAUAUGUGACUUGUUUGCUGUCUCCUCCACCCCAGAAAAAGUAUCCUGGGAGUUCAGCCCACAGCCGCCCUCACUCCCCAAGGGGAUUUCAGGGCUUAGGUUUUAUGGAUUAAAGAGCCAAGAAAUGGCUAUGUUCUGGUCAAGGGUGAUUUAUAAGCAAGGGAUGUCGGGGGAGGGAGCGGGUCAUUUAAAUGAAAUGCACCAGCGUCUCACUGACUGACAGAGGGUCUGAUUCCCGCUGCCCCCCCCCCCAUAAGCUCCUAUUUUCAGAAGUUUCUAGAAGGGCUAAAAAAAGAUGUGUGCUGGACCGAGACUUGGCUGCAAAGACUCUUCAGGGAACAAUGAUUAUUUUUUUGCUUUCAUUUUAAAAAGUCCAACAAAAACAGGUAUUAUUCCUCUGUGCAGGGUAUCACACACUGAUGUUUUCAAAGCUGAGAUGGUGAGGCGCCAGGCUGCAGUUUCAGUCAUUCUACAAGGCUGGAUUUGUAGGUCACCACCCAGUACGUAUAGACGCGGUGUCCACUGGGCUGGUUAGCAGACACCCUUCCACUUCUAAGAAGUCG